AUGACAGAUAUUUUUCAUAGUGGAACGCUGGGCAACGCGACCAAUGCAAUGAAAGCUAUAGAAGACACCGCUGUGUAUGUAGCCGAAUGUAUGGCACAUCGUAUACAACUGAGUCUCAAGAAUUCAAUCGGUGGAGAGUUUAUCACAGCUUCUGAUCAGAUUAGGGGAUUUUUUAGUGAAGAUCUGCACAACGAGGAUGUAGACGAUCAACUGGAUGUCUUUGAGCGACUAAUCAAUAUGGACCCCGGUGUAGAAGAUAUACAGCAACAAAUGUAUGACUCAGCUCCGAUUGAGGCAUUAAUCCGCAACAUAGCAAGACGAGCAGCCUUUUUUAACAAGAGUACUGUUGCUGCUGACGCACAAGCUUUAGCACAGGAGAAGGCGGAUGAAAGUGUGAAGAGACUUAUCACUAGCUCGCCUACUUGUUGGCUGAGCUGGUACAAAAUGUCCAAGCGUAAUGACUUGAUUGAUCCGGUUCUGAAAAGUAUCUCGGAUGAUCCACGUGAGAAUGGUCCAGGAGGACUGUGGCACGGCGAAGACGGCAAGGUCAGGGAACGUAAUUAUGCGAACGAACUUGUAAUGACUUGUAAGUUUGCUUUGGGCAAGGAUUCUCUGGUAGAUGUGGUAAAGGUUUCGGGGACUCCUGAUGUAAUUGAGCAAUAUAGCGUGGAGCACCUAACGCCAGAGAUUAGAAGCUUGCGAAGAAGGCUCAGGGACUGCUUACAUACCUAUUUCGAGCAUAAACCUGAUACGGAAAUGCUUGUUCAUUACUAUUUGCACCCUUUGGACAAAGAAAUGAAUAGUUUGGUGUUGUCUACGAUCGAUACACUUGACUGCAAAAACUUUGCGAAAGAUUCUGUGUCCAAACGAACUCUAAAACUCUUGAAGACCCAUCGCAAGUAA